AUGGCUGCAGCUGGUCACAUCCGUCUCGGGACUGCCUCCCCAGGCACCCAGUCCUCCACGCCCGCUACAAUCGCCCUCAUCGACACCCUCGCCCAGCGCGCCGCAUCCUCAAACAUCGACAUCCUGCUCCUCCCCGAGGCCUUCAUCGGCGGUUACCCGCGCGGAAGCUCCUUUGGCUGCGCAAUUGGCGAUCGCAGCGCAGCAGGUCGUGACGAGUUCGCUCGCUACUUCGACCAGGCUAUUGACCUUGGCGACAAUGUCGGUCCUGCGGGCGGUGGUGCGGGAAUCAAGUGGGUGAAGAGGCAGCUUGGUGAGGAGGAUGAGGUUCGUGGCGAUGGGUCGCGUGAGGAACUUGAGCGUAUUGCCAGAGACACCGGUGUGUUUGUCGUUGUAGGUUGUAUCGAAAAGGCUGGUGGGAGCUUGUACUGCUCUGUGGUAUAUGUCUGUCCCAAGCAGGGCAUGCUGGGAAAGCGCCGCAAGGUCCUUCCCGUAAGAACCGAUUCCCUGAUCCUGUAUAACCUCAACAGUGCACUAACUCGAUAUCCCCAGACCGGCUCCGAGCGUCUCAUCUGGGCCCAGGGCUCGCCAAGCACCCUCCGCGCCGUAACAACCACCAUCCGCGGCAUCCGCAUCAACCUCGCCGCCGCCAUCUGCUGGGAGAACUACAUGCCGCUUCUGCGCCAAAGCCUCUACGCGCAAAACAUCAACCUCUACCUCGCUCCUACGGCCGACAACCGCGAAGCCUGGCUGGGCCUCAUGCGCACCGUCGGCGUGGAAGGACGCUGCUUCGUCGUCAGCAGCAACAUGUGCCAGCCCAAGGAAGCCCCCGCCGCAACAAACGGCCACGCCCGCAGAGAGCGCCGCGGUUCCUGUUUAACAGAGGAGGGCUUCGAGAUCGCCCUGCCCAAAUCCCCCACGCGCCGCCGUCGCAAGUCGGUAUUUGAUCAGGACGGUAACGAGAUCGUGCUUGGCUGCGAUGACGACGGCGAAGCGCCCACGGCUCGACCUGAGGCCAUUUCCGAGACUGAGGCUGCCACUACUGCUACUACUACCAGCAAGGGCGAGUUUCUGUCGCGGGGCGGCUCGUCCAUCGUUUCUCCAUUCGGCGACGUGCUCGCUGGGCCGCAGUGGGAGGAUCCUGAUGGUUUGUUAUAUGCGGAUGUUGAUUUCCGCGAUUGUAUCCGUGGUCGUCUGGAUCUUGACGCAGCGGGGAGUUACUCGCGGAAUGAUUCGUUCAAGUUUAGUGUUGAGGGGUUGAACUUGGAUCCUCUGCCGUAUUGA